CACCCACAUUUGCGAGAUUCUCCCCGCGCGCAUGUGAAAUCCAGGCGACAUUCCUCUCGACGAAGACGGGCUCGGGAACGCGGAAUUCAACAACCGGCACAAGGACUGGGACGGCUACGACUUUGCCUACGAGAUCAUCUCCGUGUACGAGCUGCGAAAGCCCAUCUCCUUCGCAGAAAUGAGAACAACAUACGGAUUCAAGGCGGUCCCACGGGGCUUGAUUUACCUACCCCAGGAGAUGGGCGAGCGUGUGGUGUGGCGCCAGCAGAAGCCGAUCCGUAGGAACGAGGAGACGGGCCUGCCGGGAUGGGUCCCCGAUCUCUUUGUAUUUUAGCAGGAACUAUAGUAAUGCAAUCAGCGGGGCUUCUUUCCUGCCUCCUGACAGCCCGGGCUUCUGCCUCGGUAGAUCCUGUACCCAAGAGUCACAGUCCCACUCGAGCUGGUAGUCGAUCAGGCAAUCCCAGUUACUGCCAUGGA